CUAAGGGAAACUCGUAAGUUACAUUCAGGGAAUAUUUUGCAAAUAUUGCUGCAAACGCAUUGGUUCAAAACUCUGUACCGCAAGAAGAAGGGAAACAAGGCUUCCAUUCUCACAUCCGAUCGCCCUAGUUGGACUUUUAAACGGGAAAAGGUGCACAGGACCGCCAGGAUGAACCCACAGCAGCGGAUUGCCGCUAUUGGAACGGAUAAGGAAUUGAGUGAUUUGCUGGAUUUUAGCGCGAUGUUUUCACCACCUGUCAACAGUGGGAAAAACCGACCAACUACUCUGGGGAGCAGCCAGUUCAGUGCGUCAGGUAUGGACGAGAGGGCCAGCCAGGUGACGUGGGCCGCAGGUGGCCAGGCCAGUCCGUCCUACGAGUCCCCCAGGGACUUCGCAGACGGCCCUCAUUACGGAGAUCAGCUGAGCGCGGGUCGAUUAGCGGCCCAGGAAGGACUGUCCCCAACGCCCUUCCUCAGCCCCGCCGUCAUGGGCAAGACUGAGAGGGUCACAUUUUCGGCGUACGGCAGGGAGCCUGGAGCCUCGGGGUGCCAGCCGGGUCUCCGCUCCGACAUGGCGCUGACGAGCCCCGCGCGCGGGACCUCCGCAGGAAGGACGGCGAACGCCCCGUUCUUCUCCUUCUCCGGAACCAACCCCAGGAGACGGCCCAUCCAGGACCCUGUACCGCCCGAUGUGUUACAGACAAAGAAAGUGCGCAAGGUCCCUCCUGGAUUGCCUUCAUCUGUUUAUGCGCCGUCUCCAAACUCGGAAGACUUCAACAGAGAUUCUCCCUCGUUCCCAUCCCCCAAGCCUCCGGGGAGCAUGUUCGCAAGCACUUUUUUCGAUGGAACACACCAUUCCUCUGACCCCUGGAGCUCGUCGAACGGGAUCAGCCAGCCCGGCUACGGGGGAAUGCUGGGAGGGUCUUCAUCUCAUAUGCCGCAGUCUGGAAACUACGGCAACCUGCACUCGCACGACCGACUGAGCUAUCCAGGCCAAUCGGUGUCACCCACAGACAUCGGUGCCAGUCUUCCUCCCAUGUCCAGCUUCCACCGCGCCAGUGGGGCCUCGCCAUUCGCCAAUGCCUCCCACACCCCGCCCAUCAGCACCACCGAGAGCAUCAUGGCAGGUAACCGGGGUAACACUGCGGGAGGGUCACAAACCGGAGACGCACUGGGCAAAGCCCUGGCCUCGAUAUACUCUCCUGACCACACCAGCAGUAGUUUCCCCUCCAAUCCGUCGACGCCGGUGGGAUCCCCGUCCUCUCUCUCUGGCACAGCUGGCACAGCCGCGGGCACAGCAGGCUCCAAUCAGUGGUCCAGGGCAGGUGGACAGACACCUUCCUCUCCCAGCUAUGAGAACUCUCUGCACUCCCUGUCUCGGAUGGAGGACCGACUCGACAGGCUGGACGAUGCCAUCCACGUCCUGCGCAGUCACGCCGUGGGCUCCACCUCCAGUCUGCCCGGUGACAUGCACAGCCUGCUGGGACAGGCGCACAACGGGCCAAUCGCAACCAUCGGAGCUAACUUCCCUGCUGCCGGAUUGGUCGGCAGUAGGACAGCGUCUAUGGCUGCAGCUCAUCGGGAGGAGGGCACGAGUCUGAACACCAAUCACACGGGUCUGCCCAGCACUGGCUCCGCCCCCAACUCAGACCUCAACCACCAGGCAGACAGCUUCAGAGCUCUGGGGGCGGCGCUGGCCGCCCAUGUGACCGGCGCUCUGGGGCUGAAGCUGGAGAGCCACGAGAAGGAUGACAUGCAGGAGGGCCACUCCUCCGAUGACCUCAAGUCCGACGACGAGAGUGACAAGCGGGACAUCAGGACGCCGCGAGGGGGGACACGCACCAGCAGCAUCAACGAGGACGAGGAUCUGAACCCGGAGCAGAAGGCGGAGCGAGAGCGCGAGAGGAGGAUGGCGAAUAACGCGCGGGAGCGUCUCCGGGUGCGAGACAUCAACGAGGCCUUCAAGGAGCUGGGCCGCAUGGUGCAGCUGCACCUGAAGAGCGAGAAGCCGCAGACCAAACUGCUCAUCCUGCACCAGGCCGUGGCUGUCAUACUGAGCCUGGAGCAGCAGGUCAGAGAGCGGAACCUGAACCCGAAAGCGGCCUGCCUUAAGAGGAGGGAGGAGGAGAAGGUCUCCGGCGUCUCGGCCGACCCCCAGCAAGGGCACCCCGCCGUCCACCCCGGCCUCACCGACACAUCCAACCCCCUGGGCCACCUCUGAGGAGCAGCCAGAUCAAAUCAAUUCAGAUCAACUCCGUACGAGAGAAGAGCGGGUGACCUUGCUUCCGGAGGACAGAUGGACUCAUGAUCAGUGAAACUACAUCGAAAAGACAAAACCACUCGAAGCAAAUAAAUCCAGAAAAAAGCAAUCGUGAAAUUUGAAGGGGGAGAAAAAAACUGGCAACAGCUCCCUGUUGAAGAAACCCGGCGCAGAUCGGAAAAAUCUCUGCCCACGAGUAAACUUAGCACAUAUCACUCCGUUAGCGCGAAAACCCGAAACAAUCAGACUGUCUCCUCCCCUCCCCCAGCAUCACGGAAGUUGACUUGUGCCUAAACUGAAUUGACGAAUGCAUUGUAACCGCAAUUGGUUUCUUUUUUUUCUUUUAUUUAUUGUGUUACUGAACUAUAAUGCAACUCUACACAUCUAAAGGGAAAGUGCUGACAUUGUUCGGAGGGGCUGACUUUUUCGGUUGACCUACAGUUUGCCCGGGGGCCUCAAUUUCCCCGGCGAUACCCUGCCCCCUACCCCGCCCCCCCCAGCCUCAAUCUGGACUAAGCUCUCAGCAGUCUGAAAAUAGUUUAAUAUAUUCACCAGUUAUGGCUGAGAGUCAUACCCAUCUUUGCUGAUGGCAGUUUGUGCUUAAAGAAACAAAUGUCCCCUUAAAAAAUUAUAUGUAAUAUAUAUAUUUAUAUUUUGUCCAUUCCAUGAUAAGAGUGUGUCUAACCAAAAGUACCCUCUGAUGCGUUUUGCACAAAUUUUGUGUUUUUUGGAGACAAAUAAUCCACAGAAUUGGUGAAAUGGGAAAGGAUGUACCGUUUUAUGACCGAGGAGAAGGCAAACUGUAGUUUACCUGGAAGUCAUGUUCACAAUUGAUUUUUUUAUUUUUAUUUUUUUCAAGCCACCAAGAGCAAACCAGAAACAAACCUUUGGAAACCCUUAGCAUUCCUCACAUACAUAUUAGUGUCUUAACUGAAGGAGAAAGACUUCCUUGUGCUUUUAUUAUUUUGCCAUAUAGUGUUACCUGUAAAAAACACGUAUUCCUUGAUAUCACAGUUUUGUUUUUAUUAUGUUACUUUUUGGACUCUGGUUACUUCGACUGUCAAGGCCAAGGUCUCUGCAUUUUUCUAGGGCUGUUCUAUCAAUGAUUUGAGCUUUGAGAGCGAGUAGAAUUGGAUACAAUGGCCAUAUAAUAUCUGGCCUGAAUGAAAAUGUUGCUUUAUUUCCUUUUUUUUCUCUAGAAAAAAAAUAUAUAAAAUGCAUUACUCAAAGUAACCAAGUUAUUUUAUUUGUAAUUAUAUACAAAUCAUUUUUCUAGGCUUCAUAAUAAAGCUUAUAAUGUCGAGUGAAUUAGCAGAAGUUCUAAGUUAUUUAGAAUUGCUUUUUUCUUCCAAGCAGCAAAGUACUUUAUACAUUUACUUUUAGUGAGUAAAGGCUAACCUGUAUAUCAGGAGAGGCGCUUUACUAACACACAUCAUCUAAGAGCCAAUCAACUCAUGGUUCCUUUGAGCAGGUAGUGAAACAAUAAGCAAAAGCCAUUUUGAGCAAGUUCUUUUUUCUGAGGAUAAAGCAGUGGUUACCACUUACUUUUUUAUUUCAUUUUUGCAAGUGUAUGGCCUAUUUUAUGUUGUCAUUAUUUUGGUUUUAACACUAUAUCAUAAUAUUCCAUUGAUUUUCAUGUCUGUUGUCUUCCAUUGUCACUAACCAUAGGCCACUACAUUCAUAAAUAUUUGUUUACCAAAAACAAAAAUCACAGGUUGCUAUAUCAUAUAUACAGUAUAUCAGAUAUGGUACAUUAGUGUGUUUCCCAGUGCAAAUAUUCUUGGCUGGUUGUAUUUUGUGGACUUCCUCCCCAUCCCACCUCACUGGGAAACAGUUAUCAUCAGUUUUGUCCUGACUAUAAAUGUGGCCUUGUUCCUCAUUUCAGUAUUUAUGGGCUUUUAAAUUGUCUCUGGAGGAAUGUGAUUGAGGUUACGUGUCACUGCCCGAUAUAUCCUUGUUGUUUCCUCUCCUUUUUCAUUUUCCCCCACAUCUUUUUUAUUUUUUGUCCUCAGUCCAUCUCUUUAUUCCUCUGUUUGCUAUGUUUGUCUUUGCCGUACACCCAGAAGCUUUCCUUCCUAAAAUGAAAAACAUAAAAUGGCGGAAAAAACAAAAAACAUUUGGCUUAUUUUUCUCUGUAGUUAGUCUUUUAUACAAUAAUCUUGUAAGAAAAUCUCUUAAAUUCUAAAUAUUACUCUUUCUAGAUUUUUGAAAUCGAAAGUUUUCAGUAAAAAAGUUUCUUACUUUAUUUUACUAUAUUAGGUAGUAAAACGUGUAAGGUUAUUUACUGUAACCUGACCAUUAUCAGAAAUUUGCAAAUAGCAUCCUAAGAGCCUAGUAGGAUGGUAGCUGGCAGUCUAGUGAGUAUGGGAUAUUGUACGAGCUCAGUGUACUGGAGGGUGUGCUUCUCAUUUUGUCUGCAGUCUCCAUUGUGGGUCGAUGACAGAUUUGUUCCUGUGUCAAAAUUCAAGGUAUUGUUGAUGCACAUCAAAAUAAACCAGCAGUAAGAAAGUUUUUUCUGUCUCUGUAACAGAAAACACAACAUGUAUAUAACAUUUAUGUAGCAAUAAAUGUGCCAUCUUUUUUUCUAACAAGAUUGUACGUGCGUUCAUUUUUUUCCUCUGAACUGCGUAAAAUGCCCAACUCCUUCAUUUUCUCCCCUUGUUGUUGUUGCUGCUUUUUGUGAAAGCUGUGUUCACACGUCCAUGCAGUAUUUCCAGUCUUACGUACUAUAAUUUCUGCUGCAGUUUCAGGAAUGUGCUCAAGCACUGAAGUUAACGUUCUGUGGCCCUGCAGACCUUGCGGUUCAUCUGGGCCAGAUGAGGAACACUGGGCCAGAAUGUGCUUGUAUUGUGUGGACUUUUGAAUGAACUUUUUUCAAAGUUAACCAGUGGACUAUUGUAGUCUGUAUCAUAAAAGCACUAUGGAAAAUGGUAUGUAUAUUUUAAUAAAGUGUCGUAGCGAUA